AUGACUUGAUCAUUCAAUGAAUGAAACUUUAUUCAUAAAAUCGUGAUGUAUGUUUAAUUCAUGGUUAUUUGGACACUGACUCCAUGACAUAAGGUAGCUUUAAGAACAUAAAACAUCCUGGAUGAUUCUACGCAUAAAGAACUUCGCAAUUAGAAAAAGUGAACGAAAAACAACAUAGAGGAAGCUGUCUUAGGCCAUCCAGAAUCAAAUUUGGGGCUGCUGGCUAAUAACUCCAUCUUCCACAAUGAACAUGAUGAAUAUGUCAAUGACAACCAUGUCAAUGAUGAACAUGACAGGAAUGACUGGUCAUGACCACCACAACAUGCACGGUAGUACGGGGAUGACGGGAAUGACCAUGGACCACAGUGGUCAUAACAUGGAUGGAGGGAUGGGCGGGGGCAUGGGUGGCCAUGAAGGCAUGCAUAUGGACAUGAAUAAUACUGAUGGCUGUGGUAAUGGAAUGGCAAUGUUCUUCCAUACUGGAAAAUGUGAAUAUAUACUGUUUGAGGGGGUACAGACCAAAACGGUGGCAGGUAUGGUUGCUGCCUGUAUCAUUAUAUUCUUACUAGCAGUUCUAUAUGAGGGUCUUAAGGUGUUCAGGGAGUACCUCCUCAAGAGAGCCUUGGUCACAGGCUCUAAGUACCAAGAGGUUACCAUAGGGACCAGUGGACAAUCUAUUGUUCCAGAUGCACAAGUCAAAAACAGCAAUGGACUAUCUCCUGUAGAUUACAAGCCAGAGAAGAAGCAGUCAAUCGGAAUGACCAUGAUCAGUGGUUCACAUAUGAUACAGACACUUCUCCAUGUCGUACAAGUGUUUAUAAGCUAUUGCCUUAUGCUUGUCUUCAUGACGUACAACGUCUGGUUAUGCUUAGCCGUGGUUCUCGGAGCGGGAGCCGGCUAUUUCUUCUUUGGUUGGAAGCGAGCCGUGGUGGUAGACGUCAAUGAACAUUGUCACUGAAGAUCAAAAAAACAA